AUGGAGAGGAGAAACAGAGACGACAAGAUGGGCGGACCGGGUCCCCAGAACCAAGCCCAGACCCGAGGUCCACCCGGCAGACCCCUCCCUCCUCCUCCUCCUCACUCUAGGGGUCCACCGCCCCCGCCCCCUCCCCGCCCCGAGCCCGUCGACCGUGAAAAGACUUGCCCUUUGUUGCUUCGGGUUUUCACUAAGAUUGGAAGCCAUCAUAAUAAUGAGGAUUUUGCAGUCAGAGGCAAGGAACCCAAAGAUGAGGUUCAAAUUUAUACAUGGAAAGACGCGACACUUCGCGAGCUAACUGAUCUUGUCAAAGAGAUUGCUCCAGAGGCUAGGAGAAGAAAUGCAAAACUUUCUUUUGCUUUUGUAUACCCUGACAGGCGUGGUCAUUUUGUGGUGAAAACGGUUGGGAUGACACAUUCUUAUGGAAAUGGUAGAAAUCCGGAUGAGAACAAGGCAUUGAAUGAUUUUAACUUCCAGAUGUGGCGGUCCUAUAGAGAUGAUGGUGGUUGCUGCAUCAGCUGUGAAGCUUUUAUAAUGGCAGCAUCUCAGAUGGAUUGA